UUUCGUCUCUCCCUGACAUUCAGCUCACGCAUACUGUACCCAGACCGAACAGACAAUGGCCGCCUCAUCGACAUCCAUCCCGCGAUUCCUACUGCCCAGGCUGUCAUGGUCUCCCCAGAGCCAGUCCACGUUUCAUGCCGCUGCCCGCAUUCACGCCUCAACGCAAUCGUCAGCCUCCAGAAACUACACCACACGAGCACUUUCCAAAGCACACCACUUUCCCUCGGCCAGUCGCGUCGCAUUCGGACAAGCAGCAGUACAACCUAGAAGACACUUCUCGGCCACCACGCAGCGCAGCAGAGACCACCACUUUGACACACUCAAGUUUGUGCAAAGGUUGAAAGAUGAGGGCUUUACAGAGGAGCAGGCAGUCGCCAUGAUGAAGGUGCUAAGCGACGUUGUUGAAGAGAGUAUCCAGAAUCUCACACGGACAAUGGUGCUUCGCGAGGACCAGGAGAAGGCCACGUACACACAGAAGGUCGACUUUGCCAAACUUCGCUCCGAGCUGCUAUCGGCCGACUCGACCGAAUCGUCCCUGACACGCGCCUCUCACGAACGCCUGACAAACGACUUGGCCAAGCUUAACUCAAGGCUACGUGACGAAGUCCAGCGUACGCAAGCAUCAGUAAGAUUGGACCUCAACCUGGAGAAGGGCAGAAUCAGAGAAGAAGCAAACUCGCAAGAUCUCAAGAUCAAGGAGACCGAGACCAGAAUCGAGCAGGAAGCUGCAGCUUUGAGAGAGCGUCUUGAGCAAGUCAAGUUCUCGACUCUGCAAUGGCUGAUGGGUGUUACGACGGGUACCGCCGCCAUUAUUCUCGGUGUGUGGCGCCUGCUCAUGUAGAGGCAUGAUGGGUGAGAAGUCGUUCACCAUUGUUUCAUUUGUUUUCCCACGUCAUCCAUGUGGGAUUUGCUACCUUCACCGUGUCAAUCAAGGCACUCAUUACUUUUUCCUUUGUCAUUAUUCAUGGGCGGACAGGGGGCGUUUGGGAAGGAUAUGGCCGGAGGAUGAAGAGGAAAUUGAAGACAUUUGGAUAGACGGCCAUUGGCACUCGCAGAGAUUAUCAGUAUACCCCCUUUGUCGAGUGCUAUGAUGCAGUCUAUACCGGAAAUAGAAGGCAGCAGAGAUUGUUCUCGAAGGCCGUGUGAUCAAGGGUCUCAUGUGUAUGGCGAGUUCAUGUGUUGACUCCGAGUGAGUCCUUGUAAUUUCACUGAGGGGUCAUGCGAGCUUAGGGUAGAAAUCACGUGCAGGAGCCAAAGCAGCACCAGGGUCGCGAUUUGGAUGCACGGUCCACAACUGCGCCGACUUCUAAACACAGC